AUGGACACGUCAGCUCUGACGACGUUAUCUACGAUCAUGGACACGUCGGAUCCAAUCGUUCUCGCCAGCGUAGCCACGGCGGCGCUCGUGCUCUUCCUGUUUAUUUGGCGUAUCGUCUUCUUCUUUACCGCGGACGCGGACUUGACGCUGCUCCUCAAGGGCCCGCCGCCGGAAGGGGCGUUCGAGGACAAGGUGGUGUGGAUCACGGGCGCGAGCCAGGGCAUCGGCCAGGAGCUGGCGCAGCGUUUCGCGGCGAUGGGUGCGCGCCUGAUUCUCUCCGCGCGCUCCGCGGAGCGCCUGGAGGUGGUGCGCGCGACGUGCCGGGGGAAGCACGCGCCGGAGGGGGUGGUGGUGCUGCCGUUCGACCUCAAGGGGGGCGCGGACGUGCUGCGCGGCGCAGUGCGCCAGGCGGAAAGCGCGUUCCGCGGGGAGGGGGCGCGCGGAGAGGAAGGGCCUCCCCCCCUCUCCCAGUUCCCCCCUCUCACCACUGUUGUUACCGCGGUCUCUUUCCUCCUCAAUUCUCUCCAGUCAUAUGUACUCCCUCUCCUCUCUCCCCUCUUCUGUCUUCUCCGCCUUUGUAUCCACCUAAACCCCUUCCUCUCACUUGUCCCCCUUCCCCUGCACUUGUCCCCCUUCCCCUGCACUUGUACCCACAUGCAGAAGCUCACAUGUGAAGACACUCCAGAGGACACUCUCCGGGGCAUGUUGGAGGUCAACGUGGUAGCCACUAUCGAGCUCACGCGCUACCUGCUGCCGUGCAUGAUGCAGCGCAACAAGGGGCAGGUCCUCGUGGUGAGCAGUGCAGCAGGCAAGCUCCCAGCGCCCACGCAGGGCGUCUACGCCGCCACCAAGCACGCCCUGCACGGGUACUUCAACACGCUGCGGUACGAAGCGGUGCAGCACGGUGUGGCCGUCACGCUCGUGUGCCCUGGCCCGAUCGCCACUGAGGGCUCGGCUGAGGGGGCAAUCAAAUCCGCCUUGAAGCCAUCCGUUGAUCAAGCCGUUGGUGCUGCUGCUGCUGCUGCUGCUGGGGGAGACGAGAAGAAGGCUCGGCUGAGGGGUCGAUCAAAUCCGCAUCGAAGCCAUGUGCUGAUCAAGCCGUUGGUGCAGCCUCUAGGGGAGACGAAAAGAGCUCAUUGUGAGUGCUGCUGCUUGGCGGCUGGAAGAAGCAUGGAUCUCCAAACAUCCUGUGCUGCUACUCAUGUACCUCGCACAGUAUUUCCCUGCCACCUGCAGCAUGCUGUUCAGACGGAUCGGCCCCAAGCGAGUUCAAGCACUCAAGGCAGGCAGCAACAACAUGUAUUCUGCAAGCCUCCUAUUCACCCGCACAUCCUCCCCUUCCUCCUCCUCUCUUUCCUCUUCCUCCUCCCCACUCUCCGCCUCCUCCUCUUCCUCUUUCUCCAGCCGCUCGCCCUCUCCCACACACGUACCCCGCACACUCUCUCAGCCACUCAAGUCCCUCUCCUCCUCGUCUCUCACUCGCACAUCGACGCAUGCACCCGCUCCCGCACCCUCGCACCUAUUAGUCCAGAGAUCGUUUUUUAG